CAAGGUGCUGGUAGCCAACAUUCGUCAGUGAAUCGUCGAACAAUAUGAAAGUAAUUACUGUCUGCCUCUUGGUUCUGGUCUCGGCCAGCUGCCUGCUGACCACUCAUGCAAAUGCUGUUGGCCCGAGCGAUAACUUUGACUAUGAUUUCGAGAUUGAACAGCUGCUGUCGGAGCUCGAGGGCGAUUUCGACUAUAUGGGUGUGGCCGAGCAGGGAUUCAUUCGCUCCUGCCGCUCCAUUCUGGUCAAGGCAUUGAAGGGCAUCCGCGGCACCAACUGCAUCCUCAAGGAGACUCUGGCCGUGCUGACUGCUUGCACCACCUACGUCGAUGCCAUCGAUAGCUGCGGCGUGGCCGUGCCCAAGGAUGUGGCCAGGGUUGUGAACACCGUCAAGUCCAUGAUCACCAUCUGCAACAACAUCAUCCACCUGCACUCGAAUCUGUGCGCCGCAGACGACACCACCACCAACGGCACCGGCAAAACCACUGGCAAGUGCUUCGCUAAGGUCUUCUUCUCCACCAUGUCGUUGGUCAGGAAGUUGAACGUCACCCUCAAGCUGAUCGCCAAGCUGCCCGCCGACACCAGCUCCUGCUUCAUGGGUGCCACCAAUACCGUCAAGGAUGCCUGCAACGCCUUCCUGCCCAACAUCGAUGUCUGCAUUGCUUCCAUGUAAACAUUUUAAUAAAAAUACACAAACAUAUUCAGAACAUAUUGAA